UAUCAACAAAAGAAAAAUAGCUGUCACACAAUAUUCCAAUUUUUCAUUUCUCAUCAUUUAGUUUUUUUUUUAUCGCCAGUAACCGCCACCAACCACCACUAAUCUCCGUCGUACGCCGGAGAUACUGUCGUACCGUCUUUUCGGCGGUACCUAUUUAUUUCAGAUCUGAGAAAAUGUCGAAAACAUGGGGGAAAAUCGGCGCGUGGGCGGCGGAAGCCGAGCAAGCCGAUGCAGAAGAAGCCGCAGCGGCGGCGGCAGCGGCCGCCGCAGCUCCGCCACAAAGUUAUCCGAGCUUGAAGGAAGCAGUCAACACUAAUAAAGGCAAGAAAAAGACGAAAAUGACUUUACAGGAGUUUACGAUGGCCGGAACCGGUACCGGAAUCGGAAGCGCCGCUCGAGGAUUGACGCCGGAGGAGAUGAUGAGGCUUCCUACCGGACCGAAGGAACGGUCGGCUGAGGAAAUGCAGUACGGUCGUUCCGGUGGCGGUUUUUCGUCGUACGGUACUGGACGGAACGCCGGAAGACCCGGCAGUGAUGGCGACGGCGCGUGGGGGAAUAAUAGGAGAUCAUAUAGUGGAUUUGAGGAUAGAGGUACGGGUCCUAGGGUUUCUAGGGUUCCAGAAUAUGAUCAACAACAGCCGUCUAGGGCUGAUGAGGUUGAUAAUUGGAAAAUGAUGAAGAAAACGACGUCGUUUGAUGUGAACCCUAGACCUAAUCGUUUAGGACAGUUUUCUAGGGCUGAUGAGCUUGAUAAUUGGACAGUUAAUAAAAAACCUUCAGUAAUGCCUAAUACUAGAUCUAAUACAUUUGGUCAGGGUUUUCGUGAUUCCGGUGGGCCGGAAAUGGACAGAUGGACUAGAGGAAUGCAAGUGGGAUCGGCGCCUCGUGAUUCCGAGCCGACAGAACGGCGUCGUUUGGUGUUGGAUCCGCCUAAGGGUGAAAGUGAAAGCUUGACAGGUGAGAUUGGUGUGAAGAGUAAUAAUAGUAAUAAACCAAAUCCUUUUGGGAAUGCUAGACCUAGGGAAGAGAUAUUGGCUGAGAAAGGGUUAGAUUGGAAGAAAGUGGAUUUGGAAAUCGAGGCUAAGAAAGUUAGCAGUAGGCCAACGAGUUCACAUUCCAAUAGUAGGCCAGGGAGUGCGCAGAGUGGGAGGUCGGGUGAGGGCUUUGGUGCUGAAUUGCAGGGGGUAGAGAAGCCGAAACCGAAAGUGAAUCCUUUUGGUGAUGCUAAGCCUAGGGAAGUAUUGCUUCAAGAGAAAGGUGUUGAUUAUCGAAAGAUUGAUUUGGACUUGGAGCGCCGAAGGCUUAACAGGUCUGAGACAGAAGCUGAAAAGAAUUUGAAGGAAGAAAUAGAAAAUUUGAAGAGAGAGUGUGAGAAAGAAUCUGUUUUUAAUGCAGAAAAGGGAUAUAAUGGAAAUCAAAGCAGUCUACAUAAUAAAAUACUUCAACUAGAAGGGGAACUGGAACAGUUGAGCCGUGAUCUGGACGAUAAACUGCGGUUUACUCAAAAACCCAUUGAAAGGCCCGGUUCUGGAGCUGGAAGAGUGGGACCUGGGUUUCAAGAAAGACCAGGUUCUGGAGCAGGAAGAGUGGGCCCUGGGUUCCAAGAUAGACCAGGUUCUGGAGCAGGAAGAAUGGGUUCAGGAUUUCAUGACAGACCAGGUUCUGGGGCUGGAAGAGUCGGCAUGGGCUUUCCAGAAAGACCAGGUUCUGGAGCUGGAAGAGUGAACUCUGGCUUUCAAGAAAGACCAGGUUCUGGAGCAGGAAGAGUGAGCUUUGGCUAUCAAGAUAGACCACCUUCGCAAUCCAGUUCAUUUGAUGAGUCCAGAAGUGUCGAUUUUUCUGAAAGGCAUUGGUCCCGUGGAGAUCCCUGGAUGAGAUCUGGACCACCCGGUGAUGACAGAAGAGGUUUUGGUGGUGGAAGAGACAGAGGGUUUUUGGGAAACAGAGAACUUGGAAGGUCAAACUCAAGGGAGAGAUGGUGAGGGUGAAUGACUAGUAGAAGAGACCAAUAAUACAAAUUUUGUGAAAGGAGUAGAAUGAAGGUUGACUUUGAAGAACUAUUUUAUAAUCCAAUUCCAGUUGUUAGUUUGCUGCCUGUGUAAAGCUUCUCUCUGGUUUGGUCAAAAAAGGACACGUGCUGUCUUGUUAAGUUGUCACCCAAACCCUCUUCUUAAUUUUGAUUGUAAAUCUGGAAUCGGAUUAUCGGAUAAUUUAACUGUUUAUUUUCUAAGUUAGUUAUGGAAUUAGGGUUGAUGAACAAAAGGCAGUGAAAACCUUGGUCAUUGUUUCUAUCUAAUUAAAUUCAUCUAUUGUAGUUUUUUAGUAUUUUGUAAUAUGAUUAACCUUUUUA